CUUUUCUCUUCCCGGUUAUAUACCCGUGCGGGUUUCUGGUCAGGUGUCAGCCCAGCUGAUCCCUCGCCUCAGACUGAUCGUCUCACACCGGACAGCGCGACAUGUCGGACAUCGGUGAAAUCGACGAAGGGUUCUACUCCCGACAACUGUACGUUUUGGGGCACGAGGCGAUGCGCCGGAUGGGCACUGCCGACGUGCUCAUUGCGGGGAUGCGUGGUCUUGGGGUGGAAAUCGCCAAAAAUGUGAUCCUGUCGGGAGUGAAGACGGUCACCAUUCAGGACGAAGGGCCGGCGGAGUGGACCGACCUGUCCUCCCAGUUUUUCUUGAAGGAGUCCAACCUCGGUCAGAAUCGGGCCACGUGUUCCCUGCAGCAGCUGUCUGCCUUAAACCCUCAUGUUCGUGUCUCGGCCCACACUGGACCACUGGACGAGGACCUGCUCCUGCAGUUCCAGGUGGUGGUGCUCACUGACUCCUCACUGCACGAUCAGAAGCGUUUUAAUGAGCUCUGCCAUUCCCGAGGAAUCAAGUUCAUUGUAGCGGACAGCAAAGGUCUCUGUGGUCAGCUGUUCUGUGACUUUGGGGAGGAGUUUGAGGUCUUGGACGAGAACGGGGAGGAGCCGGCAUCAGCGCUGAUAGAAAGCGUCUCCAAGGCCAAUCCUGGAAUGGUGUUUUUGACAGACGACCUGCCGAGGGAAUUUUCAAAUGGUUCUAAAGUCAUCUUCUCUGAAGUCCAAGGCAUGACGGAGCUCAACAGCAUCGGCCCUGUGGAGAUCAAAGACUGUGAACCAGGAAAAUGCUUCUUCAGCAUUGGCAAUACUUCAGAGUUCUCUCAGUAUGAACGGGGAGGAGUAGUGACUGAGGUUAAACAGCCCUGCAAGCUCAAAUUUAAACCACUGUCUGACGCUCUAUUGGACCAUAAGCUGCUGAAAACGAAUGGGAAAAUAGACAGGCACAAUACUCUGCACUUGGCCUUCCAAGCCCUCCACAGCUUUGCAAGGAAAGAACAGCGACUCCCUCGUCUGCGGUCGCAGUCAGAUGCAGAUUCCCUGCUUGCCAUAGUGGGAGAGCUGAAUACCGUUGCACAGCUGGAUCAGCUGGAUGAAGCUGCUGUCAGAACCCUUUCCUACACUGCCCAGGGCCAGCUGGCUCCUAUCAACGCUUUCAUUGGAGGCCUUGCAGCUCAAGAAGUUAUUAAGGCGUGUAGCGGGAAAUUUACGCCGCUUCAACAGUGGCUGUAUUUUGAUGCACUGGAGUGCCUCCCUGAAGACGAGGACCAGCUGACAGAGGACUGCCUUGCAGCGGAAGGCACAAGGUACGAUGGACAGACUGCCGUAUUUGGGCCGGCAUUCCAGGAGAAGCUGGAAAGGCAGAAAUAUUUCCUGGUUGGAGCUGGUGCCAUCGGAUGUGAGCUUUUGAAGAACUUUGCACUCAUGGGGCUCGGUGCCGGAGAGGGAGGCCAAAUCACUGUGACCGACAUGGACUUCAUAGAAAGAUCCAACUUGAACCGGCAGUUCCUGUUCAGGUCUCAGGAUAUUGGGAAACCAAAAUCGGACGUUGCGGCCAAAGCGGUGCGUGAGAUGAACCCACGGAUGAACAUCACCGCUCACCAGAACCGUCUGGACGCUGACAGUGAAGGCGUGUACGAUUACAACUUCUUCAUGGGUCUCGACGGAGUAGCUGCAGCCCUUGAUAAUGUGGAAGCCAGGGUCUAUCUUGAUGGACGCUGCGUUCAGCACCAGAAACCGCUGGUGGAGGGAGGAACUUUAGGAUGCCAGGGCAGCACUGUGGUGGUGGUGCCUCACCUGACAAAGUCCUACGGCCCAAGCACCUCGAGUUCUAAUGACGCCAUCCCGCUGUGCACGCUCAAGAACUUCCCUCACCGCAUUGAGCACACCCUGCAGUGGGCCAGAGACCAGUUCGAGGGGCUGUUCAAACAAACACCUGAAAAUGUGAAUCUCUUCCUGAGAGAUGACGGCUUCGUGGAGCGGACUCUUGGCCUCGGAGACGCUGAGGCCCUGGAGGUUCUUUGGGGUCUGUGGAGCAGCCUGCAGAACACGGAAGCCGGAGGACAACGUCCAACGAGCUGGGAGGACUGCGUGAGCUGGGCACGCUGCAAGUGGGAGACUCUCUAUAACAACGACAUCCGCCAGCUCCUCCAUUGUUUCCCUCCCGGGGAGGUGACUGCUGCUGGUCUACCCUUCUGGGCCGGAUCCAAGAGGUGCCCUCAUCCGCUGACCUUUGACCCCAACAAUACUACUCACAUGGACUAUGUUGUGGCAGCAGCUAAUCUGUAUGGGCAGAUCUUUAGAAUCAGCGGGACAAGAGACCGCGCUUCUAUCACAAAAACCUUAGAAAAAGUCCGCCUCCCAUCUUUCACUCCCAAGUCGUCCGUGAAGAUUCACCUCUCGGACGAGGAGAUGGAGGAGGACAAACAAGAUGACGCCAAGAAAGCCGAACUUGAGGAGUGGAAAGGAAAGUUGGCCUCGUCAUCGGUGGAAAGCUCAUUCAUGCUGAUGUACCCCAUCGACUUUGAAAAGGAUGACGACAGUAACUUCCACGUGGACUACAUCGUCGCUGCAUCCAACCUGAGGGCCGAGAACUACGACAUCCCUGCAGCUGAUCGGCACCAGAGUAAGCGCAUCGCCGGGAGGAUCAUCCCAGCCAUCGCCACCACCACGGCCGCGGUGGCCGGCUUGAUGUGCCUGGAGCUCUACAAACUGGUGCAGGGUCACCGGAACAUCAGCUCCUACAGCACGGCUUACAUGUACCUGCCAGUCACGCACAUUGUGUUUUGCCCACCGAGCCCGGCCCACGGCUUUGAAGUCGCAGGGAGGACAUACACCCUGUGGGACGACUUCCUCGUCGAGGGCAGACGCUGCGGUCAACAGGAAAUGACCUUGGGGGAUCUUGUCCAGUAUAUCAAGGACACGUAUAACUUGAGCAUCUGUGGUCUCUACUAUGGCAGCGCUGCCCUCUACGUGGGGCAAGAAGAGCGGCUCCAGCAGAGGGUUUCUGACGUGGUGAAAAUGGUCACCAAGACAGAAAUCCCUCCGCACAAGAAGAUGCUGGAGUUGAUGCCGUCGUUUACUGAAGACGAGGAUUGUGAGAUCGUCCCGCCCAUCAGAUAUAUGCUCAUGUGAUGCCCACGAAAAGGCGUCACGUGAGACCGUUUUAAUGGAACAAAGCAAACUUCUCCUGAUCUCCUGUGACAUAGAAGUUUAAAACUUCCUCAUUUUGUUGCUUUAGCUGUUUACAAAGAUUAUUAUCGGAAUGAUUUGUUCCAACAGUUUCUUCCGCAUUUGUUUUAUUAUUUCGCUGGCAUACUUUAAUCAUGUUUGUUAUUAAUCAUAACAUUUUAUCUUACUAAAAGCACAAACUUUGCAAAAUGUAAUUUCACAACUAUUAUUACCAGAUCUCUGUGUGGAGAAACUGGUCUCAUCUGCUUCUCCGGCUGUAUUUUACAUCAUCGCUGUACUUGGGCCUUUGUGUGAACGAUGCGGUUUGUGAUUCAUGCAAUAAUUCAAUAAAUGUCUAUGAAGAACAA